AUGGCCAUGGCCUCUCACCACGUGAUCACGGUUCAGCCCCAGAUUUCGGCUACCCCGCGGGUAGGCCACUGGCAGACAGGGCUGCUGGAUUGCUGCUCUGACUUUGGCGUGUGUAUUUGUGGAGCCUUCUGCUUCCCCUGCCUCGCCUGCCAAGUGGCCGGGGACAUGGGCGAGUGUUGCCUGUGUGGGACCAGCGUGGCCAUAAGGAACCUGUACCGCACCCGAUACAACAUCCCGGGCUCCAUUCUGGGCGACUGCGCCGCUGCCUUGUGCUGCCCCAUGUGCGCGCUCUGCCAGCUGAAGAGGGACAUCAACCGGAGGAGGGAGCAGGGCGCUUUCUGGUGA